CCGGCGGCGGCGGGCGCGCCACCAUUGCCGGCACCGCCACCUCGCGGACAACAUCCCAACUGCAUACACUCACAGCCAAAAUGCGUUUCAUCCUAUCCGCCAUGUUGUUGCUGUCCGCCAUCUUGUCGUGCGCGACGCAGGCGCAGUACCCGCGGCCCCGUCGCCCGGAGCGCUUCGACACCGCCGAGCAGAUCUCCAACUAUCUCAAGGAGUUGCAGGAGUAUUACUCCGUGCAUGGGAGAGGAAGAUACGGCAAGAGACAAAUGCACAUAGCUGAUGCCUCCGUGAUCUUCAGAGAAAGUCCAUUCUUCGAGCACAACCUGAAUGACGAACCGGUAUUCAAAAACCUUGGCUACUAGUAAAUACAAUACAAUAUAAACAUAAAUAAAUAUAAUAAACAACACAAUACAAUACAAUAAUCCAGAAUAAAACUACUUAUCUGUUAAUAU